AUGACCUCCGCCGUCCUGCUCCGGACUUGCUUUGUCUCGGCUUGCGCCAACGCUCUUUUCAACAAACGUGACAACCAUCCGCUAAGCGUCCACAGGGCUGUUGUCGUCGCCAGAAGAACGGCCCGCCCUUCAACCCACUCUUGCAGGCGCCGCUCCUUGCGCCACCGCCUUGCAACCUUGACUACCAGCUCCUGGCUCCGGCGAAGGACUUGGCGAUUGGCUUGUCGCAUUGAUAUCUGGCGCAAACCCCUACAUUCGUUCAGGCAAAAUAUGCCUGCCUCAAAGAGGGCCGAGGCAGCCAGCUGCGAACCGAACAUGCGAGACAACAUUAUUCAGACGACUUCUCAGCAGCAAAGUCUAAUGGGAACUAUGCUCAACGGCGUACCGGCUGUUCAAGAGCGGCGCCGUCCAGAGCGUGGAGGGAGCCGCGAUGAAACCAAACCGCGGCGAUUGCCUGAUGAGCCCCUUGGGUCGCCCGCUUCCCUCACGGACGACCUGACGGAGACGCGCUCCACAAGGUCCGCUUCUACAGCCUCGCGGACCACCAACAGGCUAUCAUUGACUCUUCCAAUUGCACCCCCAACCGCCUACCCUUCGCGGCCUACGCCUGGCUCGGCGACAGUGCCAGCGUUUCCCCCGACACCGCUCGACACGCCUUCGGUACUGUCUCCCGUUGACCCUAACGACUUCAUCACUGCCAUAGCAGCGCAGGAGCGUCGAGUUCUGGAACUACGGGAAGACCUUAGUCGUGCAGAGUCAGAGCUUGCAAGGCUAAAGAAGCAAUAUGCUACGUAUGAGGCCUACAAGAAGCGGGCCGAGCGGCGCAACGUGGAGCCCCUCCGCGGCCUCGGUCCGGCUGUGGAGUUGUAUGAUGAGACAGCGAUCCGCCGCAGCGUUGAGCUUGACCGGAGGAAGGCGCUACUUGGCCAACAAAACCAGCAGGCAACUCCCGAGCGGAGCCGGAGGCGCGUUUUUACCGGCAGCCAUACGCGGACCCUCUCGCUGCUCUCCCCGACGAAGCCGACUGGAGGAUCUGAGGACGGACCCGAGAGCCGCAAAAGUGAGCCCACCGGUCGCUAUGCUCCCGUCACACCAGAGCUGCUAGCUAAGCGGGCAUCCUGGGCUCCACGGUCGACGCAAACGAGCGGAGUGAAGCAGAUCGCCCAGGACCUGAAAGCCGGGCUCUGGACAUUCAUGGAGGAUCUCCGACAAGCCACGGUGGGCGAUGAGCCGAUUACUGGACAAGGAUUGUAUCUGAGGGAUGGAGACGGUAACAUGAGGCAAACCUUGAAUGGAAGUCUCGGCAGGUCGAGCAGCGCUGGCGACCAGGAUACCAUCCGCGCAACAGGCGCCAACUCGAGGCCAAGAGUGACAUCUGCCUUCGAGGGAACGGCCGCCUCAGAACCGCCAGCUAAUGUCACCAAUAAAGACGACAAGGAGACGAGAGAAGAGGAGGGAAAGGACCGCGAAGCUGCCCCUUCGAGACCGAGGACCCUCCAAAGAUCCAAAACCGACGCCGCAAAGCCGUCAAAGCGCUUCUCGUGGACCCCAUUGACGGUUGAUUCAUAUGAUGACAACGACUGGUCCAACUGGGACAGCCCCAACGUCUCCUCGCCGAGGUGGAGCGGCACCACCGUGAAUGGGGAUAUCAUUCCCACAAUCCCCGAAAAGCGGGACGGCACGGAGACUCCUCAGAAACAGAAGUCAUCCAAAGCCCCCGACUCCUCCUCCUCGGCCCCCUCCCCUUCCGCGGCGUCGUCCAUAUCCAUGCCCAUGAUGUCCGCCACCAACAAGCUCGAGGAGCUCCUCCCACCCGUCCUGAACCGCCUCACACCAAGCAACAUCAAACGCACCGCCGCCGACUUCAUGAAGGAGUGGGAGAGGAGUCUCUCACCGCCCGACCUCUACACGCCAGUUGCUGCUGCUGCUACGGGAGGCAAGGAAAAGGGCGUGUGA